AUGGAGAGUAGAGACGACGUAGACGACGAAGUCUACGAACCGCCGAGGAAGCGGAAAAAGGAAUACUGUGACGCCCGACGGUGAGCACAAACAUUAUGAUUCAAAAAUACGGGGGAUUAUUCAGAACUAGGCAACAAUCAAGCUCAGAUCGGCACAGAUGGGAACAAUUUUCGAGCGCGUCCUCCAACAGCGAAUCGGAAAUUCUAAACGAAGAGGAGUUUUUUGACAGUAUCUAUUGUUCGCCGAUAUCUCAGGUACUGUGCUUCUUUUAUAAGUCUUCGAACUUUUUUUUUUCAGGAGUUUGCUCCUGAUCAAAGCAGCUCACAAGCCACUCAUCGGGAAUACAAGAAGGUCAAGCUUAUCGUGAAGAUGCUUCUUGCAACACUGAAAACGUGCAGUGAGAAGAAAAAGGAUGUUUUGCUAAAAAUUCUCAAACGGGAGGAAUCUUCGGACUUGGCGAUGGCUGAGUUUUCGAACGAGCUGGGCUACAAAACGCCAUUCUUUCCGGCAACUGCAAGGCGGCUGGCAAAGGACUUGGUGUCCUGCAUCGACGCGCAUCCAGACAACGCUGCAGUGCUCCACGAGCAAGUAGAGAGACAACAUGAGCUGUCGAAGGAUAGGAGAAGGAGACGACAAAUUGAAAGAGAGCCUAUUUCGAAGUGGACCACGAAGUAUUUUGAACGACAAGGGAAAAGAGCAGCGGGUCUGAGCUCUGAUGACGACUGUGAGACAGUGGGAGCGGAGAAGGUGUACAGACCUCAAAAACGUAGCUGUGGUGCAGCAGUGGUUCCGACGUCAAUGCCAGCUGCGGUGAAUCCAAUGAACACGCCAAUCAAAGUGACAUCGGAGGCUACAGAAGGAUCUUUCGAAACGCCAUCUGAAGUGGUUUCAACGGCUGAACACGUGAUUUCAGUGUCCAAGCCACUCGUUCGAUCAUCAGUGGAUAACGGAUCUGCAGAAAAAAGAAAAGAGACUCCUGCUGAACCGACUUCUGCGCCUGAAGACAAGAUCGUAAUCAUUCAGCCUGCAGCAUCCGAAGCGGCUCCAGAAAUUUUGAAAAGUGAAGAGAGUGUCCUCAAGCCACUUCCUGCACCCACGCCCACAACGAGAGAAGAAGCUCCGACCAACUCACCCUCAAGCAUUGUUUUUCUCGACAAACAAACGACUUCAACGUCAGUGAAUUCUGCUCUAACGUCCACACUUCCUGAAGCUAUUCUCGAACCUUCUGCGUCUGAGAAAACUACAACGGUCGAACAGAAUGGAGCUCCCGCGACAUCUGGCGGAGGAGCCAACGAGUCUCUAGUGAUCACCGCUGUGAUUCCAGUGGGCAAAAUGAAUGAAACUGCUCAGACUACGCCAUCGGAUAGUGCUUUGACAGUUGAAGAAAUUCCGGUUGCACUAACUCCUGGAGAUGCUGAUGAGGAGAUCAUUCUCGCUCCAAUGGCAGCUGCGGAAGUCUCGCCAGCGCCAAAAGUUGAUCAGGUUCCAGUGAGCACCGAAACUAAUUCGGAGAAUAAAGAGAUUCCCACUGGAAUGGCUCCGCAAAUUAUUUCGGCUCCAGCAACUCUGACGACAGAAACAUCCGAAGUGAUUCCGGAAGCGUCCACAUCCGAACAUCCUCUCGCGUCCAGCGCAGCGACGGCGGAAACCACGACGUCUGCAGAAAUCCAAGUUCCGAAAAGAAGAGGAAGAAAGAAGAAAGCUGUUGCUCCAGUUGAGGAGGCAGAAAGGCGAGUAAACGUUUAACAGAAAACGUAGAAUUCCAUCAGAUUUUUACAGACUCGCCACAGAAACCGACGCUCAAGGACCAUCUACUUCGACUCAGGAGCCCCGAAGGAAGCACAGAAAGAAGAAAACCGCAGCUGCAGUAUGGGACAGACGCAGAAACUCGAGGAAAGCUAAAACUUCGACAACUGCUUCUGAUGGAGAUGAAACUCCGAAACAACGAAGGACGUGGAAACGACGCAGUGAUGGAGAGAGAAAGAACUUCAAAACUCCAUCAGAAGCUACUCGUACCAGAUACGCGCGAGCUGCCCGAACAGAAGGUCGGUUUCCAUUCGAAUGUCAGAAACAAAGCAUAUAUCGUUUUCAGCUUCCGAGAGAGUGGCUGCGAUGGCUAGUCCCACAAGACGUCGUACACGUUCUGCAAGAGGGCGGCAGCAGAGAGGCUAUGAUGAUCAUCACGAUGAAGUUCCUGCCGUUGCGAAUGAAAGUCAAAUGGGGAACGCGGAAGAUGUCGAUACUCGAAGCGUUCCGGCAGAAGUCGACAAUCAUGCUGAGAGGGCGAAUCCAGCAAGUGAUUCUAUUGUGCCAGUAGAAACUAUUCCCUCUCAUCUAGGAAUCACUGCUGGUCUAGUUGAAGCCUUGACAGCACCAAUAAUCAAUGAAGCUAGCAAUGAGAUUGGCGAUGUUCAGAAGCCACCAACUCCAGAGGCUACAGAAGAAUCAUCAGUAUCAUCAGUUCCAACAAACGAAGAACGCUCAAGUAAUGUAUCAAACACAUCGAGCAACUUGGCAGGAGUUGCUGAUACUGUGAAUAUUGCUACUCACCCCUCUCUCAAUCCACUUGAAUAUAUUAUCCCUUACGUCGAACCAGCUGAGUCUGAAGUUCCUGAUGCAUCGCCCGUAAAACUUCAGGACGCGAAUCCUUCUGCUGGUCAAGAGAGCGGAGAGGUGAAGAAUAGUGAGCAGUCGGGAGAUCGUCUUCAAGUAGAACAGCAACAACUUCAAAUCAAUGUGGAUACUGCGACGGCGGGAAGAUUGGUCGAUCAAAGAGAAGAACAAUCUCGAACCGUGAUCACUCCUAGAGCAAUAGAUACGAUUCCCUACGAUCCAUUGACUCCCAUGACAUCGGAUCAGUCGACACAACCAGGCUCACCGUUGGAGAAGGACGAUUCGAGAGUUCACACGCCUGAGUUUGCUGUGACUUCGGGAUUGAAUGCUGGCUGUAUCAAUCCAGAUGGAAAGCCUACUCUGGCAGCGGAAGUUGGGAAGGCCUUAGAAGCCAAGUCAUCAGAAACAAGUGAAGCUGAGGGAACAUCCAGUUUCCAGAAGCCUCUGUCUGAUGGAGAUUCAGCUCCGACGGUAGUUGAGGAGAUUCUACCCGAUGAGAUUGCAAGAAAUUCUUCUGCUCAACCUAUGGAUGAUGCUGUCAUUUCUGGGCCUCUGAUUGAUCCGGACGUACGAUCAAUUAUGGAUGACAUUCUUUCCGCAGUGGCUUUUGAGGUGCCUUAUCAUUUAACUCCUCCGACUGUUGUAUUUCCUAUUGUGAGACUAGGUGAGCUAAAGGCUAAGAACAUCUAAGAACACUUUAUUUUUCAGACGAUUUCACAUUCCAUCCCUCUUGGAGUGACGUUGUUCCUGCGGCCGCACCCCAACUCAAUUCGAUAAUUUCUCCAGUUCCUCCUGUGACUAUCACUACAUCUUCUGACAAUUCUCCGCAACUCAUUGCCAGUGACAAUAAUCCAUUCGCGCCGAACUUUGAUUUGUACAAAAAUCUGGAGACACCAAAACCAAGUUCUUCUCGACGUCGUGGCGGAGGAAAAUCGCUUCCAAGGACCCGAAAAUCGGCGAUGUCAGUUGAAGAAAACGGAGCAUCAAAAGGGCAGAGCGCGUCGCCUUCGCAGGAACAAACGUAUGGACAACCGCUGGAAAUUCAAACGGAUGGAAAAGACGGAAGCGGGAAGACAGCGAAACGAGGGAGAUCUCGCAUGCCGAAGAAGCAAUUCGAAGCUGGCGAAACGAGUGAUCAGUUCCAGACAACUCCAAAGACGCCAACAAAACGGAGACAGCCGGCGAGACCUGCUGCCAAUGGAGCACCUGCUAAGCAACGGGCUCCGCGGAAGACCAAAUAUUCGUCAGGAGCCGAUACUGCUCAAUUGACUCCGUCGCCCAACAAUCAACUGUAUUCUCCUGCUCCUCCUGAACAAUCUUCCUCUCUGGCUCAUCACUAUUCGCCAGAAGUCUACAAUGGCUAUUACUCCCCGGACGGUAAUUACGAUGUUAUGCGAGGCUUCCAAACGAAUUCAAGCGUUCAACAAACCGCAUUUCCCCAAUUUAUGAAUUUUGAAACUCAAUAUGAGGCAAAUCCAUCUUUGUCAAACAAUGUGCAGUAUGCACCUAGUGGUGAGUCAAUUGGAUGGACAUGGGGACGCGGCCUAGAAUACCUUCACGCGCGCAUUUUGAAUUUAGUGGCGGAGAAGAGCGCAGGGUUGCGUUAUUUGCAUAGUUACUCAAGAUGAACUCUUCUAUUUUUACAGAAACCGUUUCGACUUGGUUCUUAACAUUUUAACUGCAGUGUGCAACUAAGAAAUGUAAUUUCACAUACCUUUGUCCUUAUCGGUUUCCGCUUCGCCGGCAUUUUUUACAAAAUAAAGCCAAAAAUAACAGAAAAUAGACGAAUAUUUAGAAGUGAAAUAAGUCGAAAUUUAUUUGGGCGUUCUCAAAGUUUUCAAACAGCGCCGCCGCCGUAAAUCGACACUUUGCAAACACCGCCGCUACAAAUUGCAGACUUGCGCUACAGUAAUCCUCGAAAAAUUAAUUGUUGAACUUUUUUUAGAAACUCCGACGUUUGAAAUGCCCGUUGAACCGCAGUGGGACACUUCUAAUGUACAUUUGAAUUACCCAAAUUACUGUCUUGACACAUAUCCUCACGAAAAUAGCACAAAUUUAUAACUAUUCCCUCCUCGUAGUAAUCUUUUCGUUUUUCUGUCAAAUAACUCACUCAAUUCCUUAUUCCUGUUGCCCACUUCUCGAUCGAAAUUUUCUCAUCCUCACUGGUUUUUGACCCCAUUUCACACGUAUUUCCAAAAUCAUCUCGUUCCAUCCAUUUCAAUAAUAUUCCUUCGAUUUUUGUGCGAAUAAAUCUUCAUCCAAUGUCUCAGCCCUUAUUUUUGCAGAAUUGUUCGAAACAACAAAGCCAUAGAUGUCAAAAUCUCUGAAAAUCCCGGAUAUGUUCAUGAAAGCCUCGGCGGCAGCUACGAAACGGUACUUUUCAGUCGAAGCAGAAAAGUUUAGCAUCUACAGUAAGAAUUCUUUAUUUUUCCAGAAAAUCAACAUCAACUACAACCUCAAGCUCAGAAGAUUUCAAAGAGAACAAAUCGGAGCCAUCUUCCGUCAAAAAAAUGAAAACCUCGGAGCCAGAGCCUUCAGAAUCCCCACAGACGUCUGACGUUGCUUUGAAAACACUUCUCCGCUCAGAGUCCUGGUCGCUUCUUCUGGAAGACGAAUUCAAAAAAGGGUACAUCGGAAAAAUUGAAAAGUUUCUGAACGAAGAGCGUCGGAAAGGAAAGCAAGUGUUCCCGCCAUCUCCGGAGAUCUUCACCACGUUCAACGUGCUUCCGUUCGACAAAAUCAGCGUAGUCAUUAUCGGACAAGACCCGUAUCAUGACGACAAUCAGGCGCACGGACUGUCGUUCAGCGUCAAGAAGGGCGUGAAACCUCCUCCGUCACUCAAUAACAUUUUCAAAGAGUUGGAGUCGGAUGUGGAAGGGUUCAAGCGUCCGGAGCACGGAGAUCUGACCGGCUGGGCCCGACAAGGCGUCUUCAUGCUCAACGCCACGUUGACCGUUCGUGCUCACGAGGCGAAUUCGCACUCGAAGAUCGGAUGGCAAACCUUCACGGAUACGGUUAUUCGUGUGAUUUCUAACAGAUCGGAAAAGCCGAUCGUAUUCCUGUUGUGGGGAGGAUUCGCCCAUAAAAAGGAGACGUUGAUUGACUCCAAAAAGCAUGUAGUCAUAAAGGUACCGAAGAAAAAAAGUUGUAAAUCCUGAUUAAAUAUUAAUUUCAGACCGCGCAUCCGUCUCCGCUGAGUGCCCGUUUCUGGUGGGGAUGCAAAUGUUUCUCGAAGUGCAAUGAGCAGCUGGAGAACAACGGACGCAAUCCGAUCGACUGGAGCGAUCUGUGAACGAAUUCUCAAUUCUCGCUUCUCACUUCCUUUUUUCUUUUCCUCUCUGCGUCUCUUUCACUGGCAUCUCUCUCACUCCCACUUCCCAAACACUUGUUCACAUUUUAUCGAUUUUUCGUCCCGCUUCCUCGUCAAUAAAAUUGUACAAAAAGCAUGUAUCGGUUUUGUGUUAUUCACAAGGAUUCACCUUCAAGUCGUUAUCUUUUGCAAGAUUUAUUUUUCUGUUAAAAUAACACUUCUUCAGAAAAAAAAACAAAUGAGGCGGCAAAAAACAGACGAAGAGCGGAGCUGGACCUCAGUUGCUCGUCACUUUUUGUGCGUUGAGUGCCAUAAAUAUUUUAGAAAUAAAGUGAGUAUUCAUCUUGAAAAAAAGAGGAGCCUGAAACGUUUUUUUUAGAGGGAAUACUACUUUCACACAGAAGACUGCCUUCUGGAGGCGUUCGAAAGAGAAGUGAGCCUCAGUUCGUCGCGUGGAAACGAAGAAGAAGUUGUGGAAGCGGAUGAGGACUGGAAUGAGCAGCCGAGCACUUCCGGCGCCGAGAAAACUGUAAGUGGUCCUGAAGGUGAAAGAGAAAAAGAGAAUUUCUCCCUUUUCAGGCCGAGACGAAGUUAUCAACGAUGGAAGAAUCAGUCAAAACGGAAGGCCCUUCAAAGUCAUCCACGUCAUCAGAAAAUGCCAAACAAACGUUUAAAGAACCGAUGAAAAAAGAAGAAGAACAAGAGAAGAGGACGAAUUGGGAAGCACGUCGGAAAGCGGAAGAGGUGAUAGAAGGUCCGCGUGGAUCGAAGAUCAUUGUGUCCGUGGAACCGCAGACGGGCGAGGUCUCCGCCGAAUUUCAGUCGGACGACGACGACGAUUCCGAACCGCCGCUGCUGGUUUCACAAGUGGAUUUGGACGCGGAAAAAGAGAGAGAAACCGAAGGAGACACAGAAAAUCAAGAAGAUCCGGAAGCCGAGUUGGAAUUCGGGGACGAGCAACCGCCGAUAAGCUUCAUUCCCACCGGAAAGGUAGGAAAACAGUCGCAGGGCUUCUGAAGAGCACUUAUUUCAGGUAAUCGGCGCGCUAGCCAACCCGGAUGACGGCACAAAGCCCAAAAUGGAAUGCCCGACGUGCGGACUCGUCCUCUAUCGUCACAACUUUGCAGCGCACUUCCGGAUUCAUACUGGCGAACAGCCAUACGGGUGUGAUUACUGCGGGAAGCGAUUCCGGACGACUUCCUCGCUGAAAGUGCACAAAAGAGCGCACACCGGAGAGAAGCCGUAUCAGUGUCCGAGCUGUGAAUAUCGGACGAUUACGAAAAGGAAUCUGGACAGGCACAUUGUGAAUCAUCACAUUCGGAAUGCGAUUAUAAAAGGGCCGACGAUGCGGAGAUCGAGGACGACGCCCAGGUAUCAGCCGGACGAGGACGUCGAGGCGAUGACUCCGGCAAUGAAGUUCGCGGCAAGCCAGAGAGCACGGCAGGCGGCCGCCCGUGCCGCGGCGGUGUCCAAUCGAGAGGAUCACACGUACAUGCUGCCGCCAGAACGACGGCCCGAAGGAGCUGCGGAAGAGUACGCGGAAGCGGAUAUCAUGGAAGUAGAAGAAGAGUACUGA